AUGUUCGUCCCUGUUGGUCCAUCAACGGCAUCGCAGCAACCAGUGGCACCCGGGAUACCCGUGUGCUCCGGUUCUGGCGCCAACCUCUUCGGAGCAACCAGUGGCACCCGGGACACCCGCUGCUCCGGUUCUGGCGCCAAGCACUUCGGAGCAACCAGUGGCACCCGGGAUACCCGCUGCCCCGGUUCUGGCGCCAAGCACUUCGGAGCAACCAGUGGCACCCGGGAUACCCGCUGCUCCGGUUCUGGCGCCAAGCACUUCGGAGCAACCAGUGGCACCCGGGACACCCGCUGCUCCGGUUCUGGCGCCAAGCACUUCGGAGCAACCAGUGGCACCCGGGAUACCCGCUGCCCCGGUUCUGGCGCCAAGCACUUCGGAGCAACCAGUGGAUCCCGGGCCACCCGCUGCUCUGGUUCCGGCGCCAACCGCUCCGGAGCAACCAGUGGCACCCAGGAUACCCGCUGCUCCGGUUCUGGCGCCAACCUCUUCGGAGCAACCAGUGGCACCCGGGAUACCCGCUGCCCCGGUUCUGGCGCCAAGCACUUCGGAGCCCCUUCCACGCAACCCGUGGUGUCGGCCCCUUCCAGUCAGCACAUGGCCCCUGUGGUACCAGGCGCACCGACGACCCAGCCCAUUGCCGCGCCGCCCACUGCCCGACCGGCGAAUACUCCGGUGGACCCGGUCGACACUUUCAAGACGCCGGCGCCAGUAUUGCCACCGGUGCUGGUACCCACUCGGACGCCGAUAACCCCCGUUACGACGGCGGCGCCCCUGCCGACCCCGGUCCCCGAAGCCACGCCCGUGCCAUCGGCGCAGGCGCCCAGCGUGAGCGGCUUCAUCAUCGUGAGCGAAACCGCGCUGGCACAGUGCGAGGUCGGGUGCGUGGAGGGUCUUGCCGCGGCCUUCGACCUCCAACCCUAUCGUGUGCAAUGCAUCUGUCCGGAAGUCAGGAGACGAUCACUGAGAAGCAUGCUGGCGAACCGGCGGAACGUCACAAGUGUCCACCCCUCAGAGGGCGCGUACCUCUCACGGAGGCGUCUGACCACCGCCGAGGUGCCGUAUGUUGUGACGGUGCCAGGAAUCACAACCCAGGGGAUGGUCCAAUCCAUCAACCACUUCCAGGCAAACUACAUGGAGGUAUCGAGUAGCCUUGGCGUUCCUGGGGACGAGGUGGUUUUCUCCACUCUGGAGUUCGUCGCCGCGUCCUCCUCACACAUCAGCAACAUGGACGUGCCACUGUUGGUGAACCCCCCCGCGUCGGGGGCCUCGACCAACGCCAUCGGGAUGUUCAUCAUCUGCAUCCUGGCUCUGCUGCUCGGUACCUGCGUGUGUCUUGAGGCAGUCCUGAACUUCUGCGGCAAGUACUGCAGCACGUACCUCAUCCGCGCGAGGGGCAUGCUGGCGCCUCACCACAGGGCCAUUGUUCCGGCCUCCAUGGUUGUUCUCAUGAAAGAAAAGCAAGGGAUGAGGGCGAAGAAGUCCUCGUACGCCCGUUGUGCCUCCGAGUUCGGCUCGGCAAGGUCCUUGUCGGGGCUCCCGGGCUCGUUCCCCGCGGACGACAUUGAUCACUGCACCAACCACCACCCGGGGCAUCACCGCGCCGAAUUCCGUGAAGGCCGAGUCUCCCACGCCGUCGCAGACGCAAAACCAGCGUACUAG